UAGUGUUGAUGACAACACCAGCCACCAGAGUUCUCGUGAGUCUCGGCCAGUGUGCCUUCAGCAGCGACGGGGAAGCUGCACACAGCUGAAAUCUCAGCACCGGUAAGUAUUUGGCGAGAUGGCUGCUGAGAAGGAGGUUGACAUUUACCGAGACACUCCCGUCCGUCUGCUUGGCUAUGCUAAUGAAGUGGGAGAGUCUUUUCGAGCAUUAACGCCCCUGUGGUUUGUAAGAGCAACCUACGGAGUAUCAUCUGCAUAUGUGGUUGCAGAUACUUAUGACAAAGCCAAAAAAAUAAGCAAGCAACCAGGAGCCACUCAGAAGGCAAUUACACAUGCUGCGGUAGACACCCUGGUGUGGCAAGCCCUUGCAUCGGUCAUCAUUCCUGGCUUUACCAUUAAUCGUGUGUGUGCAGCCUCACUCUUCACUAUGGCUCGAACCAUACCAAAGGUGCCUCUUGCCACCCGUAAGUGGAUCACUACAGCUAUUGGCUUGGGUUGCAUUCCAUUCAUUGUUCAUCCAAUUGACAAUGGGGUCCACUUUGUCAUGGAUAAUUCAGUUCGCAGAUACAUGGAUCUGACACCCAAGGAGGAAGAGAAGCUUAAAUAAAUGAUUGUUAAAUCUUCAGAUUGUAAGUACAGUAUCCUAGUUAUUAAAUUUGAGAUUUUAUAUUUUUUGUGCCGAGGGUAAAAUUGGAAUUUAAUACAGUGUAAGCAGUAGUCCUGGAAUAUUCACGUACUGGUUUUUGUGAUAAAUUUUCAAUAAAAAGGACAGUCCUUGAUAUUCUAAACUUAAUAUUGUAUAUAAAUAGUUCUUUGACCUAUCAAGUGAGAUCAUAACUUCAGAUUGAAGUGAAAUACAAGCAAUUGGUGCUUCAUUAACAGUAUUUUUAGCAAUAAAGUUUUUCAGUAUCUUGUACACACAUUUACCUAUUGUUACCUGUGAUUUUGAAGGCUCAUGCUUGUGGCAAGUAAUCCAAAAUUUGACGCCAAGUACAUGUCAAUGUGCCUUAUUUUUAAACUAUGGAUAGCUCUCUAUUUUGCAGGAUAAUCAAAUUUGUUAUUUUUAUUACUCAUUGUUUUUGCCACCACUAAUGCAAUUAUAUAUAUAUAUAUAUAUAUAUAUAUAUAUAUAUAUAUAUAUAUAUAUAUAUAUAUAUAUAUAUAUAUAUAUAUAUAUAUAUAUAUAUAUAUAAAUAUAUAAAUAAAAUAUUACCUUCCACAUGCAUCAUGUGGAAGGUAUCUUGGUAGUUUUCCUCUUUAAAUGUGAUCUUUAUACUGAUAUUAUUGCUGGUCAUGAUUUAUGAAAUUAAUGGUGAAGCUUUAUUCAGACUGGUAAGUCAGGACCUACAUUGCUAAGAACUUGAAUGUUGACUUGUAGAAAUAUUUGCACGCACAUACACACACACUCUUGUAACUCCACUUGCAUCCUUUUUCCUAGAAGAAUUUCCUAUUAUAAAAGAAGCAUCAAAAUAACAUGCUUAAUGUUGCUAUGUCUGAUUAUAUUGCAUGGUAGACUUGUUGGAAAAGACUUAGUGAACAUUAUAGUGAUGGUAGUGAAUAUCAUUUCUUUCAGCAAAGGAACAUGUUUCAGACAGACUUUAUAUGCUUCAACAGUCAGUUGUUUUAUUCCUUGCAUGGGCUGUUUACUACUUAAAAUGGGUUUCCCAAUUGAUGAUUGUAAGUUUCAUGUUUAUUUUUUCCCAGUCUAUCCUUUUAUUACUAAAAUUAAAUUUAUUGAAUAAUCCUUCUGGCUUGAUAAUUUUUUAGUCUAUUACGAGUAUUGAUGUUCGUUUGCACUUAAAUGAGCAUGUGAUCCGAGUAGUGGUAUCCGAGAUUGUAAUGCCCCCGAUUAUUUCUUCAUUGUGAAGAUUAGAUCUAGAAUAUUUUUGGCUGUUAUCUGCUGGUUGAGCAAGAAAUUUGUCACAUAAUCAAAGUUAUUCUCUGACCUGUGGUUGGUUAUUUCCAGAUAGAAUUCCUUAUGUAAUAUUGUUUGCUAUUCUCCAUCUUAGACUGGGCAGGUUGAAGUCGCCUAGGAAGAUAUCCUGAUAUCCAUGAUAUUGAAUAUAUUAAGGCCAUACAUCGAGAUGUAACCCAUAUCCCUGGACUCCCCAGGCACGUGCAUUACCAAGCCGUGAUGAGCUAAAAGUAUCUUGACCAGAUAUUUUAACCUAUCCCGAUUCAGUCAGUAAUUGUGUCCUUGGAGAGUCUAGGGAAGUGGGUUUGAUUCCAUUAUAUAACCUCAGUAUUAUUUAUGUGCAUACCUGGAGUGUGUUCAUCAUGUUCUUGUAAUUUCAUUGUAUGUAUUGUGAUGUUUUACAGUUCGAUAAUUGUUGAUACCUGUAAAUGAAAAUGUGGUUUUGACUCUUGGUGUGUCCUCCUUUGUUUAUUAAGAGCUGCAUGGAUUCAUUCCACUCACAUGUACAGAAUGUUUCUAAUGGAAGAGAUAAGGUCUCUGUUGAGAGUUUCAUGUUUUUAAAAUUACAAAUAAUAUUUUUGUUGACCAAUCCACACACUAGAAAAUGAAGGGACGACGAUGUUUCGGUCCGUCCUGGACCAUUCACAAUCGACUUGAGAAUGGUCCAGGACGGACAAAAACGUAGUCAUCCCGCCAUUGCCUGAAUAUUUGUUUUGUUUUAGAAUAUAAAAAUAUGGAUUCAUUGUUGUAAUGGCUAGUAGGUGAUGUUCAUACUAGCUUUUAGAAUUCUCAGGUGUUUCAAAGAUUAUCAUAGUCAUAUACUCGGAGUAUUCUGAAAAAUGUAAAAUUUUUUUUUAAAAAUUCCUGGUCAUUAAAUUAUGAAGAAACCUUUGAAACACUUGCAGAACAAAUAAAAUUACCAUCUUGGUAAUACUUAUUAAUAAAUACUCAUCUAAAGAAGCGGGUUAAUGUACCUGUAGGUUUGGGGGUACCGCAUACAUUUCACAUUUAAAUUGUACCAGUUUGAUGUUUGGGUACAUUUCCAUUCACCUGAUGGCUCUAUUCAUCUAACAGUAAAUAGGCUCCCAGGAGUUUUGCAGCUGUUUGCAUUCCAUCUUGGGAGGCCUAACAGGCUUCCUCUUAUCAAACAGUAGAAGACCACAUUACAUAGCAAAUGGGAAGUGUGGGGGGGGGGGGGGGGAAAGAAAGGUCAGAGUGAGGGAAACAAGAAGAAACAAACAGAAGAUAAGGCUCCUGUGUGUUAAGCUCAUAACAGUGCUUCCAUGGACAGAUGUUCUGCAGACGGUGCCUGGAGAACAUUGUCUUUAGUGAAUCUCAUUUUUGAAGAUUCAUCUUGUACACAGUUAAGAAAUUAUACAUUUGUUCAGUGGAUGUACAUAUAAAUACUGUAGUGGAAAGCAUUGUGGAAAUACUCAGUUUAAUUUAUAGUUGGAUGUGUUUAGUUUUCAUAUUUGAUUUACUGUAAAGGUACAUGUAGUUAACUGAUAUUUCUGACAGGACCAAAAAGACAAAAAAGAUACAAUAUCACAAGACUAGUGGUUUAUUGUAGUUUACCUAAUUAUUGCUGCAGUAUGUACAAAUGCAGGAAAUAGGCACUUUUUUUUGUUGUAAAACCAAUUUUUAUCCUUAAAAAGUCCAGCAUAUUAUCUUGUAUAUAAUAUAUUUUGUCGUAUGGAAUCAGAUUAAGGUCGAAGUUGAUUUUAUGCCAAAAUUUUUUAAUAAGGUUGGGAUAUUUAAAAUCUCCAAAGGCCUAAUAAAAAUAAACACAUGGAUAGUA